UUAUUAUUUGUACGUUAUUACGACAGAACACUGAUACUACUUCGACACAUUCAAGUCAAAACGUGGUCAGACAUAAACCAAACCACUUCACUUCCCACUUUUAACAGUUCUAACCUCACCUUUCUAAGAUUUGACAGUUGACACAAUACCUGACAUAACAUUAGAUACUGGCAACGUUGUAUUCCAAGGGGCCGCUUCUGAUUGAUCAAGGUCUAAAUCUGACGUUUGAUUUACCAUAACCGCACAUUUUAAAAGUGUUGACGUCUAUUGAAGUUGUUUUUUCCGAUUUUUUCUUUGCCCAACCACAUUCUAGUCCAACCAAGACGAUGCUAUUGUAAUCGCGCGAACAAUCCGCUUUUGAAUCCAGUCAACAUGAUCAAAAUCCUUGUGCUCUUGUGCAUUGGCCGUCAGUUGGUGCAAGCUGUCCCGUUGUCCCCAACCGAAGUCGAAGACUUCCUGAUCGACCCCAGGUAUUACAGUUACGAUGAGCUGACCAACGCCUUCAGGAAGUUGGAGACGGAAAACUCGCAGAUUGCCAAGUUGGUGAGCGUGGGACGUUCGGUGAAGAACAGGGAACUGUGGGCGCUGCACAUCAACGCCAAUGUUCAUAACAGAACAUUGCUGACGCCCAUGUUCAAGUAUGUGGGCAACAUGCAUGGGGAUGAGUCGAUUGGGCGGCAGCUUCUGAUUUAUUUGGCCGAGUACCUGAUUCUGAACUAUGGGAAAGUUGAGCGGGUCACCCAGUUGGUCAAUGACACUGAUAUAUUCCUAAUGCCCAGCAUGAACCCUGAUGGGUAUGAGAGUUCGCAGGAAGGCUUGUGCGAGUCGAAGCCGCGGUACGUGGGCAGGGAGAACGAGAACAGCGUUGACCUCAACAGGGACUUUCCUGAUCAGUUCGAGCCCCAUAGAGCCGGCACGAUUUUGUCGGGCCGACAACCCGAAACAGUGGCGAUGAUGACUUGGAUUAUAUCCAGACCGUUUGUGCUAUCUGGGAACCUCCAUGGGGGCGCAGUGGUGGCCAGUUACCCUUACGACGACUCCAAUGCUGGCGUCCAGUGUUGUCGGGAAAGCAAGUCGCCAGACAACGAGAUUUUCAAGCAGCUGGCCCUCGUCUACUCGGACCGGCACUCCAUAAUGAAGACGGGCAAGGCUUGCAAAAACGACAACUUUCCGCAAGGCAUCACCAACGGGGCCUAUUGGUAUGAAGUGCGAGGCGGGAUGCAGGAUUUCAACUAUGUGAAGUCCAACUGCUUUGAGGUCACCUUCGAGCUGAGCUGCUGCAAAUACCCGCCGGCCCAGACGUUGCCCCAAGAGUGGGCCGCCAACAAGGAGUCCCUGUUGAGUUUCAUGGAGGCUGUGCAUUGGGGAGUUAAAGGGCUGGUGAUCAAUGAAGACGGCGAUCCAGUGCUAGACGCUGAUGUUGUGGUGAAGGGGAUUGACCAUAACAUAACCACCUCCAAUAGAGGCGAGUUUUGGAGGCUGCUCUUGCCCGGAAAAUACUCGAUUUACGCCAGUGCUUUUGGCUAUUCGCCUUCAGACACGGUGGAAGUUGAGGUCGCACCGGGCAAAACCACCAUUCAAAACUUUACCAUCAAAUUAGAGGCGCAACAAGGCGAGUUUCAGCAGCCAAUCAGCGCCAACAGUUCCGCUUACGACCAAUACGGUUUCAUGGUUCCGGACCAGAAGCUGUUCCAACACCACCACUACGAUGCCUUGGUGCGGUUCCUGCAGUUCCACAACCGCACCUACCCCAACAUCACCCACCUCUAUUCCAUAGGGAAAUCAGUCCAGGGGCGGGAGUUGUACGUUUUUGUGCUCAGCUCCACUCCUGGCCAGCACGUUCCCGGUAAGCCGGAGUUCAAAUACGUGGCCAACAUGCACGGGAACGAAGUAGUGGGCAAAGAGUUGCUGCUCUAUUUGAUCAAGUAUAUGUGCGAACGCUACGGCACUGAUGCCAGAAUAACCAGCCUGCUGGACACCACCAGGAUCCACUUGAUGCCCUCCAUGAACCCGGAUGGGUACGAAAUGGCGCAGGAAGGCGACGCGUCCAGCAACCAAGGCAGGUCCAACGCGGCGAACGUCGACCUCAAUCGCAACUUCCCCGAUCAGUUCGGCGUCAAUUCGUUCAACCGCUUCUUGGAGCCGGAAACGCAGCUGAUGAUGCGCUGGAUCAGUUCGGAGCCGUUCGUGCUGUCCGCCAACUUGCACAACGGCGCCUUAGUGGCCAACUACCCCUUUGACGACAGCCCCCCAGGUGCCCCGUUGCGCACCAGCAACCCUUCGCCGGACAACAAGGUGUUCGAGCACUUGGCCGCUGUUUACUCAAAUGCGCACAGGAGCAUGCAUGAGGGCAAGCCGUGCCCGAUGUUCCCCAAGGAAAUCUUCGAGGGCGGCAUCACCAAUGGGGCCAAAUGGUACGAGGUGACGGGCGGGAUGCAGGAUUGGAACUACCUGGUGGCUGGAUGUAUGGAAUUGACGCUGGAAAUUGGGUGCUACAAGUAUCCGUUUGCCCAGGAUCUACCGCAGUACUGGAUGGAUAAUCGGGAGGCUCUGAUCAGCUUUAUGGAGCAGGUUCACAUAGGAGUGCACGGAUUCGUGACCAGUACGAUCGGAACGAAGAUCCCCCAUGCUGAAGUGGUGGUGGAAGGCAAUAAGCACACAGUGACAACAGCCAAGGACGGCGACUAUUGGAGAUUGCUCCUACCUGGCGCCUACAACAUCACUUUCACCGCUAGGGGCUACGAGCCCUACACCGCUCAGAUCGUGGUUCCAGAGUCCGGCAGCCUGGAGCUGAGUCCAGCCCUGAUGAAGGACGAUCCGCAGCAUUGGGCGAGCGCCUACGACUUUGGGGUGGAGAAGAACGUGUUCAAUCCCCGCUACCAUAGCAGCGCCGAGCUUAACUACAUCCUAAGCAGCUUGGAGAACGAGUUUCCCAACUCGGCCGAGUUUCAUGGGGGAGACGAUCUAGUGUCCAUGCUGAUCCGCUGGCUGAAGAUCACGAAGAAUGUGGAAAUGUCGGAUGAAAGCAAGUUCCACGUGGCAAUUGUGGGCAAUUUGUUCGCCACUCAGCCAGUUGGGCGGGAGAUGAGCGUCAACCUGGCGCGCCAUUUGCUCAAAGGUCUGUCCUACGGCGACCCGUCCAUUGUGCAGAUUUUGAGCAACACCGUCGUCCACAUUGUGCCUGUGAUCGACAGCGCUUUUGAGCUGAUCUGGGGAGAUUUCAACAAAGAAUCGGACGGUUUGUCGCACGGCGACGCGUUCAAAUGCAACAACAUCACGGCCGAUUUCAAGCAAGUAGGUGAGCAGCUGCUGAACCUGAACAAUCGCCUGACCAGCAACAAAGACACUGUGGCCCAAACCAACGCCUUCAAGCACAUGCUGUUGGACGAGCGGUUCGAUCUGGUGUUGAACAUCGAAGGGGGCAACAGCGGGCUGCU